AAUUCCUGCAACUGAAACCCUAGAUCCAAUCACAAACAUGUUAAUCCCAAAUCCUGAAUAUGAAGAAUGGGUUAAAACUGAUCAGCAUAUACUUGCUCAAAUGCGCAGAACCAAUUUUGAAUCAAAUCAAUGGAUUAAAAACUUGUAGAGAAGUUUGGACUCAUUUUGAGAAAUCGUAUUUUGAUGAGCAUUCUGGCAAGGUUCCGGAGCUUCGGCACCGACUUCUAACACUACGCAAAGAUGGUCUUUCAGUGGAUAAAUACUUUCACCCAAUCUUCAGGAUAAGGAAUGUCUUAUGGUUUCUUGGUCAUUCAGUUUCUGAUGGUGAUUUGGUCCGCUGUGCGCUUGGAGGAUUAGGUCAUGAAUAUGAUGGUUUUGUUCAAGUUUGCAAGAAUUUUGGUGUUAAAUGUUGAAAUGAAUAAUCUAUAAAUAUAAGUCAUUUACACUGGAAGUUCAUUUACAAUGGAAGUUGGAUGUUACCGUACAACAACUGGAGUUGAUCGGCCUUUCAAGU